AUGGGCCCACAGCAGAUGCUGGUGACAGUGGUGGGGCUGCUCCAGGACACAGCUUUCCACGUGGCCAAGUGCACAGUAGAGGCUCUGAAGCUGAAGUUUCCAAGCAAGUUUGCAGAUCCUGUAAUACAGCCUUUAGUAGAAUUUGCAUGGCAUGAAUAUUUACAGGAGAAAAAGAAGGAACUGAGAGGUGAGGUGUGGGGAUACACCUCCUCGGUGAUGUGCUUCCUUGAUGGCCGGCUGCUGGGGGAUGAGAAGGAUCUGCUCGACUGGUCUUACCAUAAUUGGCGCUACCUUGACCAUAGGCCUGAGGCACUUUACCAAGCGAUUGCUGAGGAUUUCUACAGCAAACAUCUGAAAAGCACCCAGCAUGUGUUCGUGUACCUGGAGAUAGCCAUUGAGGAACAGCCCAUCGGGAGGCUGCUCUUUGAGCUCUUUUCAGAUGCAUGUCCCAGGACCUGUGAGAACUUCCGGGCUCUGUGCGUUGGAGGAGCAAAGUCUCGCUAUGACGGCCGAGAGCUCACCUACAAGAACUCCCUUUUUCAUCGCAUAGUGAAAAAUGGGUGGAUCCAAGGAGGAGACAUCAUCAGUGGGAAGGGAGACCAAGGAGAGUCAAUUUAUGGUCCCACCUUUGAAGAUGAAAGCUUCUCUGUCCAUCACAAGGGAAGAGGGAUCCUUGGGAUGGCCAACAAGGGCCGUCACACCAAUGCCUCGCAGUUCUACAUCACCUUCCAGCCAUCUCCCUACCUGGACAAGAAAUAUGUGGCUUUUGGGCAACUGAUCGAGGGCACAGAGGUCCUCCAGAGACUGGAAGCCGUACCUACUGAUAAUGAAAGUCCUAAAGUACCCUGCAAGAUUACAAACUGUGGGACCUUUGAGCCAUGA